GAUUUACUGAUUUCUUGCUAAAGUGAUGAUAAAAAAUCUUCUUCCCUCAAGAAAACGAGACAAAUUUUGGAUAAAAUUGAUGGGAAUUUGACAAAUUUUGAUCCUUUUGUAAUAAAUAGCCAAUAUGUAAAUAUCUGAAGGCCAAUGGAGCUUGGAAAUUCGUCUAUAUGAAAACAUUAUCCUGCUAUCAUAUGGAACAGAAACCAGAACCAGAAACUUAAGAACCGAUGUUUCAGUGAAGGGAUUAGAGCGGUGUAUCCACUGCCAUUAAAGUUGCUACAGGUUUGAACUCGUUUAAAAGUAGUCUUACCUACAUUCAUUGUAGAGAAGUUGGAAAUGGAGAAAAGAAUGGCCAUGGAGCUGCCGGGGUCAUCUGUAUCGGGUGCUCGAAAUGUUGGACAAUCUAGUGAACAAGCUUUGGAAGGAGAGGCAGCCAAUAGUUGUGAGAUUGUAAGCUUUGACGAUGAGUCCAUUGAAAAGUUGAAUGGGGCUACCACUGCAGGGAAAGAUUCGAAUGGACAGUCCCCAACCGAAGCUAGCAUAGUUGAAAGGACUGCAGAAUGGGGUAUUGCAGUAGAAUCAGACGUUGGAGAAGGUAGUUUCAGAGUGAUUGGUAAAGUAAAGCCAACUGGAGAAGGAAAUCAGAGCAAAAACUCGUUAGGCAAAUUUUCAGUGGACUCGACAAGGACAUCAGGGGAGUCGGAUUAUGGAUUGGGUCGAGGGGCCUUUCCUAGGGUGUCACAGGAGCUGAAGGAUGCUUUAGAAACCCUGCAGCAAACUUUUGCUGUAUCUGAUGCUACCAAACCAGACUGCCCUAUAGUGUAUGCUAGCAGCGGAUUUUUCACCAUGACUGGUUAUUCAUCAAAGGAGACCGUAGGACGAAACUGCCGGUUUCUACAAGGACCAGAAACAGACAGGAAAGAGGUUGCCAAGAUUAGAGAUGCAGUUAAAAAUGGAAGAAGCUAUUGUGGUAGGCUACUCAACUACAAGAAGGAUGGAACUCCUUUCUGGAAUCUUCUCACUCUCAAUCCCAUUAAAGAUGAUCAAGGGAAAACCAUCAAAUUCAUUGGAAUGCAGGUGGAGGUCAGCAAAUACACUGAAGGUGUCAAUGAAAAGGCGCUGCGGCCUAAUGGACUGCCCCAAUCUUUAAUUCGUUAUGAUGCUCGUCAGAAGGAAAAGGCUUUAGAUUCCAUCACAGAGGUGGUUCAUACUUUGAAACAUCCUCAAUCUCACAUUCGAACAAUAAGUAACGAUGCCAUUAGCAAGAUUGAAGAUCAGCAUAAAUUCAACCUUGAUUUUCUUCUGCCUCAAUCUGCCGAAACCAAAAACAUUAGGACCCCUGGAAGAUACACUCCCCAAUCAGACAUCAGCAGUACUACUACCCCAAUGCACGAAACUAGCAAGAAAACUAGAAAAUCAGAACGCUUUUCAUUGAUGGGCUUUAAAGGCAGGCCUUUCAGCUUUGCAGCCAAGCAUGAAAAACAACCACUUGUUGAACUGGAGGAGUUAAUGACCAAAGACAUUGAACGCAUUGACAGUUUGGAACAUGGUGAAAGGGAAACGGACAUACGCCAAGGGAUGGAUCUAGCAACCACAUUGGAACGUAUUGAAAAGAAUUUUGUGAUCACAGAUCCUAGACUCCCUGAUAAUCCGAUUGUAAGGAAGAGCUUUCAAAUAUUUGCAUCUGAUAGCUUUCUUGAAUUGACUGAAUAUACAAGGGAGGAAAUCUUGGGAAGGAACUGUAGGUUUCUUCAAGGACCAGAAACUGAUCAAGAAACUGUGUCGAAGAUACGAGAAGCAAUUACUGAACAGAGGGAAAUCACAGUUCAGUUGAUCAACUACACAAGAAGUGGCAAGAAAUUCUGGAAUUUAUUUCACUUGCAACCUAUGCGAGACCAAAAGGGUGAGCUUCAAUAUUUCAUUGGUGUCCAACUUGAUGGAAGUGAUCAUAUUGUGCCUCUAAGAAGUCGCCUCUCUGAUAACACAGAGCAACAAAGUGCUAAGUUGAUCAAAGCCACUGCAGAAAAUGUGGAUGAAGCUGUUCGAGAACUUCCUGAUGCCAAUUUGAGACCAGAAGAUUUGUGGGCAGUCCAUUCUCAGCCUGUCUUCCCACGGCCUCACAGAAGAGAUACUUCUUCUUGGCUAGCAAUUCAGAAGAUCACUUCUCGUGGUGAAAAAAUUGGUUUGCAUCAUUUUAAGCCCAUAAAACCCUUGGGCCGAGGUGAUACCGGCAGCGUUCAUCUGGUGGAACUGAAAGGUACAGGAGAGUUAUUUGCUAUGAAGGCAAUGGAUAAGUCAGUAAUGUUGAAUCGUAACAAGGUCCAUCGAGCAUGCGUUGAAAGGGAAAUCAUCUCGCUUCUUGAUCAUCCAUUCCUUCCCUCACUAUACUCUUCAUUUCAGAUUCCCACACAUGUUUGUUUGAUAACAGACUUUUGCCCUGGUGGAGAGUUGUUUAACCUGCUCGAUAAGCAACCUCUGAAAUUUUUCAAGGAAGAAUCUGCAAGGUUCUAUGCAGCUGAGGUUGUCAUUGUUUUAGAAUAUCUUCAUUGUCUAGGAAUAAUAUAUAGAGACCUGAAGCCAGAAAAUAUUUUACUUCAGAAGGAUGGCCACAUUGUAUUAACAGACUUUGAUUUAUCUUUUAUGACAUCUAGUAAAUCCCAAGUUUUAAAGUAUCCCGUGCCUAAGAGAAGAAGAUCCAGGAGUCAACCACUUCCAACAUUUAUUGCAGAGCCAUCUACACAGUCGAAUUCAUUUGUUGGAACUGAAGAAUACAUUGCUCCAGAAAUUAUUACUGGUGCGGGACACAGUAGUAGCAUUGAUUGGUGGGCUCUUGGUAUUUUGCUGUAUGAGAUGCUCUAUGGCCGAACGCCUUUCCGAGGUAAAAACAGGCAGAAGACUUUCUCCAACAUCUUGAACAAAGAACUCACCUUCCCAAGUAGCAUUCCAGUUAGUCUUGCAGCUAGGCAGUUGAUUAAUGCAUUGUUGAACCGAGACCCCUCCAGCCGUUUAGGGUCAAGAGCUGGUGCUGCUGAAAUUAAACAACACCCUUUCUUCCACGGCAUUAAUUGGUCUCUUAUACGCUGCACGAGCCCACCACCAUUGGAGGUACCUCUUCAAUUAAUCAAGAAAGAUACUACAAACACCAAAGAUGUGAAGUGGGAAGAUGAUGGAAUGCUUGUUAACUCUAAUGACAUGGAUGUUUUCUAAAGGUAUAAGCUCUUACAAUGGGGCAUUGCACUACAUCAGCAAACAAGAUGCUUCCCAAGUGCCCAAGUGCUAUUCAAGAUGAAGCUAGGUAGGUAGCAGUACACUUGCUGAUUACUAAAGAUCGAUAAAUAGUCCCUAUUAACAUAUAGACUGUUCCGGCUUGGAGACAAAAGUGAUAGGUUGAUCGAUGCCAUAUCUUGAAGUCAGUUUACUUGGAGCCUCAUGGCAAAACACUUCAUAUUGAAGCUUUCAGCAUGAGUUUGACUUGGAACCAGAAGUUGUAUACUGAAUAAAUAAAGUUUGACUAGACACCAGAGGAUGUAUACUGAAUAAAUGAAGUGCUGUGGAAUUUCGCUUAAUGAAAAAGAAAUUGUUCA